AUGUCAUUAAUACAUUGCUUACGACCACAGAAACCCGUCUACAUUGAUGACAUAGUAUUCAAGGUCGAGAGUAUCCAGGCCAUCCCGCAAGCCCCCAGCUACUCAGUGCACCGGGGUAAACCGACUCGAUGUGUAUGGCUACCGCGGUACAAUGAGGCCAGACUGCUUCUCGACAAGUUCAUAGCCAACGUCGGUUACAUACAUCAUGUGACACAUCACCCCUCCUUGCCCAGUGUCAUCGACGACGUCUACCGACAGAUCGGCAGUCAAGAGCCCAUCAAGCCGGGCCACCUAGUCCUACUUCUCAGUAUUAUUGCCAGCACGACGCACGUGUGGACAUCACUCGAUGACGAGGGCUCUCUCUUCGAAUCAUCGACCCAAGCGAACGCGCAGACGCCUUUAUGGAUCAAGGCGACACACGACGUGCUCAAUGCGGUGCAGGAUGGCCCGGCACUGGCACUGGAGACCAUCCAGGGCAUCAUAAUUCUGUCUUUUAUCAUCUGCAACCUGGAGGGCGUCUCACUGCGCUACCGGUCUCUAAUCUCGACCGGCCUAUUGCUAGGCCGGGAGAUAGGACUCCACCGUAUCGACCACGAGUCCAAUUCAGCCCCCGCGAACACCCUCCAGGCUGAAGUUGGCCGUCGAGUAUGGUGGUACUUGAUCGCUACCGACUGGCUGCUCGCUGUACGACACGGUAGCCCCGGUGAAGGCGUAUAUCAAUCCCACCCACGCCAAAUGAUGGUCCAAAAACCCCGCAACAUCAACGACCUCGACCUCCUCAACAACAACAAACUGCCUAUAGACCUCCCCAUAUCCCAGCCCACUGAAAUGUCCUACUUCCUCCAGCGCAUCCGCAUCGCCGAAAUCUCCCGCAACAUCGUCGACCGUAACCCCAUGUCCGCCGGCGGUGCAAACUACCACACUCACGUUAUGGCAAUGGACUUCGAACUCGACCAUCUGAUCCACGACAUCCCCUCCUUUUUCCAUCUCGAGCAAUACGACCACAACCCGGACUCCCAAACAGACAUAUUCAUCCAAGCAUACCUCCUCAACUCCAUCAUCCACACCCAGCGCUGCAAACUGCACCUCACCUACCUCACCUCCGGACCAAACAACAACCCCACCUACGCCUCCUCCCGCGACGCGUGUCUCAACUCCGCCCGCCAGAUCAUUCGCACGGAAAUCUACCUCGAACGGACCGGCCACCCUUUCGUGCUUAUCCGUCAACGGCUAUCGGGUCUCCUGUACGGAGUCUUCAUGGCUACUAUCGUGCUCUUGAUGGACGCCUGCAUUCAUGGGUCGGGGUCGGGCUCCUUACAGAAUGAGAUCCGACAUGGUGAGAUCGCCGAAGCAUUGAGGAUUGUCGAUGACGCGAGGAGGUAUUCCUUCGCGGCGGCAAAUCUAUAUGAUUCGCUCAUGCAGGUCUUGGAGAAGCAUCGCCAGGCCCCGGUAUCCGCGUCGCCACAGCUGGGAAAUGCCCCUGUUUCUGCAACUGCCCCGACGAUCAAUGCCUUGCCGGCGUCUAUGGAGCGAUCUGAAUCUGUAACCCUCGUCUCGAAUACAACCUCGGUAUCCACAAGAGGUGAACCAAUGAGUGGCAGUCCGGAUCAGACUUCAGUCGCGAACGGCCAGCCAUUAUAUUACAACCCACUAGCUCAGGGCUUGGAGGAGCUGAUGUUGCUGGAUGGGUUCCAGUGGGAUGAUCUGUUUUCGGGGAUCGAUGCAUCCUCGUUCUUCUGA